AUGGACGGCAUGCAGCAGCAGCGCGUUCUGGCUGACGGUUGGGGUCAGCAAAGUUCUGGCAGCGUCUUUUGCGCUGACUCGAGUCUGCGUUACAUCUAUGAGAGUCACGCUCUUGCGUCACAGCAGAGCAGCUAUAACACCAGCAACAAAGCGUCAUCUCACGUCUACAAUAGUAAGAAUCAUCAUUCUAACGACAUGAUAAUUGCUGGAAAGCGUCCUCGAGAUUAUUCGACUGACGACCAACGAAGUUAUGAAGGUAUCGAUCUUUUCGAGGCAGAAAUUGCUCGGGCUUGCAAUAGUAUUCGGAAACAAGGAGCUGAUUUGCCUCAUUCGUAUGGCGAGUGCUCUGUCUGUUUGAGCACCAACGCAUACGCACAAAUCUCUUCGUGUGGUCACAUUUUUCAUCCAAAUUGCUUCUUGAGAUGGUUUCGAUUAAAUCGAUCCUGUCCACUUUGUCGUGGUGCAGUGGACAAAGUUCAGCUUGCGCAGACGAUUACAGUCCAAGACGAUUUGGAGGCAAUGAUAGCUGAACUUGACGAUGAGCCACUUCAUUUAGUCUCGCAGCAACUUCCACGUCUAGAGUCUGAAUUGGAUGAUCCGUUGCUCACGAACUCAGACCAAUUAAUGUCGUUUUUCGAGUCGGAUUUGAAUGCAGACAUGAACCUCGUAGCAUUUGACGAAUUGAGUUCAAAUGAUAUUCCGACAGAAUUUGAACUGGCUUGCAAGCAGCAAACGGACGGAGAUGAAGCAAUGGAAGUAGAGCUUGAUGAUAGGGUAGAUACUAGAGACAAUCAAGAGGUUGAGAGAUAUGUGGUGCAGCAGUAUCCACCGGCGUCGACUGUGCCGAAUUAUUGGAAUGUAUUGAACCAGGGAAUCGCGCCAUCUAUCAUGCCACCAGCUCCUGCUGUCCCACCUUUUGUGCCGAACCACCAGAAAAUGGUUCACAUUGCACCAAAGCCAGAGAUCAGAACGGUGCACCAGCAAACCCGAUCAACGACUUUUAACACGACAGAAAAACCAUUUCAAAGUUCAGUAGCUCGAUUCUCGCAGCAAACACCAAUUCACCAGCAUGUGACUCGUUCAGUAUCAUGCAGGUGCACUGGAGGCUGCCGGAACGGUCGCUGUGCGUGUGUCAAAGAGGGCGGUAUGUGUGGUACCUCGUGCCGCUGCACAUCUUGCAAGAAUCCCUUUUUGAUGGUCAAAGCAACUGGCGCAGAUAUGACUGCUCUGUUUGAAGACCAUUGCUUCAUGCACAAUGUGUCGAAGACUCGAGAUAUGGUACAACGAUUACAGGAAACAGUGUCUGUACCAUGUUGUGAGACUAUGAUGAAGGUCGUCGACUGUGUGCACGGCUUUAAAUGCAAGCCAUGCAAUCGCGACUAUAAGUUUUCAUGGUGUUUGAGUAAACUAUUAGACAGUGAACGUACUCCGCGCAAUCAUUGUGCAAUUUGUAGACGAUGCUGUGAUCACCGCGACGUUCACUGCAAUGACUGCGGUCGAUGCUAUUUUGCUGGCGUAACUGCUAGCCUUCCAUGCCCAUGCAGAGAAGCGUCAAGUCAUAAGAAACGUCGUGAGAUUGCGCUGGUAGAUAAGACGGAGGAAGCGGAGGAUGAAGCUGACGGUGAUUGCUGUAUCAUGUAG